AUGCCGCAAAACGAGGCUGCGGCCAUUGACCCACUCGCCGGAGGAAGCUUUUCCCGGCUCCUCUUUUCAGACGUCGAAGUCGAUGACGCUAUUACUGAUCAUCGCCACCGCCACCGCCACCACCAGCCUGAUAACACCACCGCCGUCGGUUCCAGUCGUCGCUUCACCUUUUCUGCCGAUCAAAAGCCACCUAAAAUGCUGUGCUUCGGCGGAGAUUAUACCAAUGACAUCUCUGCUGUUUCAUUAACUCCUCAGAAUUCCUCCACAACCACCACCGACGAUAACAAUAACUCAUCGUCGCCGUCGUCUACCACCAACAGCACCACCACCACCUCUUUAUCAUCUAAUUCUAAUAUGAAAAGAAAUAUGAUCAGGUGCGAUUAUUUUCAGCCGGUUGUACUUCCAGUUAGUUUCACCACCACCGGCGCCACCACCACCACCACCCCGAUGACGACUACCCGCCGGAACUAUAAAAAAACGAGGGCCGAAAACACACCUCCGGCCAGCCAUGCAAAGGUGAAGAAGGAGAAGCUUGGAGAAAGAAUUGCAGCACUGCAACAGAUGGUGUCACCUUAUGGCAAGACGGACACUGCAUCGGUACUACAUGAAGCGUUUGGAUACAUCAAAUUCCUUCAAGAACAGGUGCAGGUCUUGUGCUCGCCGUAUUUGCAGCGUCCCGCGUCGGCACACAUUGAAGGGGAAGGGAAGAAGGAUCUGGGGAGCAGGGGGUUAUGUCUGGUCCCAGUGGAGUGCACCCUUCAUGUGGCAGAAAGCAACGGUGCUGAUCUCUGGUCCCCUGCGAUGGUUAAUCGUCCACCACUGCACCUGGCUCAAUAAAACUGAACCACCUUUUGCAUACUACAAUGGCAGCCUACAAGA